AUGGAUCCUCGUUCGCACCCUUCGCGUCCCCCGUCCACCAGCCUGCCCCAGGGCUCCACGCCUCUGUCAUCGACACCCAUCACCAGCAUGCCGAUGCCUCAGUACUCGAUGCAGCCCCAGUAUCCGGUCUCCCAGCCGCAUACACUGCCUCCCCUCCAGCCGCAUCAUACUCAGUCGCCCGCGUCGCACCCCUACAUGGGUCAGCCGUACCGACCGGACCUGUCGCGGUUCCCCGCAUCGACUCACGACGUGUACGGAGCCUCGACGGCCUCUAUCAUGCCGCACACGACUGUCGGUAGUCAUUCACCGUCGUUCCUUGCCCACCAUAACCAUCAGACACAGGCCCAUCACAACCAGUCUUACCCUCCCCCUCCUAGCGGGUUGCCUCCCACGUCGGCCGCGCAGAGCUACCCGCAGCCUAUUGCUCCGGCGCCCCCACGCGACCGUCGGGACUUCAAUGGCAUGCCUUCCGGUGCCUUCAGCUACUCUGAUACCAAGUCCUGGGGCAUGACACCUGAUGUGAAUGGCGCCAAUGGUUCGCCUUAUGGACCUCCCAAGGACCAGCCACGCACGCAGGUCGUGGGCUCUCAGGGCCGCCGUGGCAUUCUCCCGAGUGUUCCGGGCCGCGCGACCCCGGUUGCCAACGGUGUCAAUGGCUCCGCAAAGAGCACCACCAUUCCCGCCAAGGAUGCCGACGGAAAGUUCCCUUGCCCGCACUGCAACAAGACCUACCUGCACGCGAAGCACCUGAAGCGUCAUCUGCUGCGCCACACCGGUGAUCGUCCUUACAUGUGUGUCCUCUGCAAGGAUACCUUCUCCCGCAGUGACAUCUUGAAGCGUCACUUCCAGAAGUGCUCGAUCCGUCGGGGUAACCCUACCGGCGCGACCCACCUGUCGCACCCCCACGCUCAUCUCAAGCGUUCACAGCAACAGGCAGCCGCGGCGUCGGCGGCGGCUAACCCCGCUAAGCCUCUUCAGGAUGAAGUCAGUAAUUCCGUCCCAUCUUCCAAUGGCGUUAUGAGUGCGCAGUUCGGCGAUGGGGCCGUGAAUGGCAACGGAAUGGCCGGUGGCCGUCCCCAAUUCACGGAUCAGCAGCAGCAUCUGGGCUAUGCGAUGGCGCCGGUCAACGGCAUGAACCGUGGUCCUGGUGACCAAGCGUUCGCCGAUCAGGCCGCGGCUCGCUCCUGGAUGGCUGCCCCCAAGCAGAAUCCGUAUCUCAUGCACCACCAUGGUGCCGAUGCCCAUGGCCAGCAACUGAGUGUUGAUCGUCCUCUUGAACAGCACGGUGCCGACAACGGUUACAUGAACCCCGUCUUCCCCCACUCCAUGGCUACCGGCCAGGAGCCGAUCCACGCCCCUGUCGAUGUCGACCGCAAGUUCUACCCCGCCACCACCGCUGGCGGCCCCGAGAGCGGUAUGAACGGUCUGUACUUGGCUUCGACUACUAUGGGCGGUGAUGGCACCGUCCAGGCCGCGAGACAGUAA